UGUCAGGCGACCGGUUGGUAGAUAAAGCAGUCCCGUUUAUCCGCUUCUGAGGAAAACCAGUGAGAGGGAGGGAACGAUGUGGAGAGAGAUGAUGAAGAGGACAGAGGGGGCGUAUAUCCCGUCAGUAGCUCGUGGUUAGGGGAAGAGAUAUCGAUAGUGGAAGAUAGCUGGACGCAGAGGAAGCCCCUGGUGGUUACAUUCUUCGGAUAAAACGAGGAAGGGCUACGCUUUUCUGCCAUUAACACAGAAUGCCUUAGUCACCACCAGCCUGCCGCAACAAGACGCCGCCUCAAAGGACCCGGACCGAGCUGCAGGUUUCACUGGAGAGACGUAUUGUGUAUCCCAGAGGUCAACAUAUUUUAUCGUAAAAUGUUUGUGUCAGCCCAAGAACCAAAACCUCGGCUGAUGCUUUGAUGAAAUGAAUCCUGUUCCAACAGGGCCUGAAAGGAAACUCAUGGAAGAAUGGUGUGACAAUUAAGCCCCAAUUCCCUCAAGGUCCACUUUGCUUCCUUGCUGAAUAUGGCUCUCAAGCUGCUCCUGUUCCAUACCUUGAACCUAUUCUUCUUCCAUUUAUCCGGUGCACAGACCAUCAUUGGUUCCUCCUCUUCCUUCACAACUCUGAACUUGCCACCUUCACCUACCAAACAGACAAUUAGAUUCUGGCCUUCUUUUCCUCCUAGAGGACGCACCGAUCUUCCCAUCAGAGUAACGACCCGGGAAAGGCUUACAGCUUUGAAUGCAGUGGAGCAGGGGCAUCGGAUGAUCCAUCCAAUGACACAGCUCAACCCAUCUUUAAUUUUUACGCAGUCUCCACAGAAUUCUUCAAGGGGGCAAAUUGCAACCCAACCAACCAUUUCAAGACCCAGGACUGACACAGGCAGUUUGACAUUCAUCAAGGCUUUAAAAAGGGAAGAAGCUGCCACAACUCCACUUUUCCCCUCUUUGCCAUCCCAUUUAAGUCUUGCAGAAGAGAGCUCAAUCGAAGGCUCAGAGGAUGUUGAUUCCCAAGGGUUGGGAUCAGGCAGAGCUCUGGCAGUGGAGAAAUCAACUGGUCAUCAGCCAACAGCUGCUGAGGAGAUGGCUCAGUAUCGACCACAGGCGCAGACCAUGACCUCCAAAGUUACGGACGAAGAAACGGCAUCACUGGAUUAUCAGAAUGAUGAGACUCACCUGUUUUGGUUGACAACAGUCAGUGCAACCUCUACAAUAACACAACAAACGCCGAAGGCUGCGGAAUUAACAGGUACACUUGCAGCAAAUCACCCUUCCAGUGACCGACUUCAGCCAAAGCAGGGCUCCUCUGCUGUAACAUCUCCCAAACCCACGUCAAGCUCCGCUGCUAAACAGCCACAGACUACAGGACAACCUGUCACAAAAAGAAGCCCAGCCGGUCCGAAUCCAAGCAGUUCAACAGAACAAGAAACCCACACAUCUACAACUGGUCUUCCACCUACUCCAGAGGCAAGUUGGACAGUUACAACUCAAAGUGUCAAAACAGCAGAAAUGGGAAAAAAUACAUUGAGAACUACGAUACCGUCGAGAGGGGACUCUUCACUUCUUACAACCAGUGUUGUUCCUGUGAUCCGACCCAGAUUUGGACCGACGUAUCAGGAAGAGAGGAACCGCUCUGUUCUGUUGGGAUAUCCACAGCAAGCCCCACACUCCACUUUUAAUCCAGCCCCAUCUCCAAGUGCCAUUCCCUCUACAAAUGGCACACUUCUUUAUUGGGGUGAUUUGAGCCGCACGUUGGCUUAUGCCUGGGAACUACAUGUCUACGGCACAGCAAGCCUCUUCCUGCUCCUGUUUGCUGGAGCUGCCCUUGGCCUGACUCUGUCCCCCGGAGCAAACUGUCCUCAUCGUGGGGCCCUUGGACUUGCCAAUGCUCUGUUGUUUCUGGCUGGAGGCCUCAGGGCAGUUCUGUUUUUCAUCGACCCUUAUGGGACACGAGGCAUCUUCCCUCGCACAGCAGUUACGGCCCUCUACAACCUGCCUCUUCACCUCUUGGUGUGGGCCCAGGCGUCGAUAGUACUUAUUGCACUGAGGGUGGCAGGAGUCAGUGUGUUACCGCCAACCUUAGAGCACCCCCCACUGUUGGCUGUGCUUACUGUGUUGCAGUGUACACUACUGUUAGCUGCUGAUCUGUUGUCUCCAGCUCUGUCUCCUGUAGUACCAGUAACCCUACAGGUCCUGUCCUUAUGUUGGGGCCUGGGUAUCUGUUUGGGCUAUCUUUGCUAUGUAUUUCCACGUAUACGCUCCCCUGCUCUUCCCCAUCACAGUGUUCCUGUCGAGGCCAGGAGGAAGACUUGGACAGGGAGCCAAAAAACAGCAGUGAUUCUGGGAAGAGUGUUGGCAGUCUGUGCAGUUUUUGGAGCAUUAUGCUGUGGUUUGCAUGUCCACGCAACCUUGUGGCUCUAUGGAUUGUUAGGAGACUGGACGCGUUUCAACUGGGGAUGGUGGUUGGUGCAUUUCUGGGCUCGGCUGAUGGAACUAACAUGGGGUUUUUUCUUACUACUAAUGGGAUCCUGGGUGUUCUGGAGGCCUGUCACAUGCCGGGCAAGGGAGGAAGUAGGGCAUGACGGCAGCACAGUGGAUCUCCCAACUCCUGGUCAGUCGGUUGGUUCCCCUCAAAGACAUACAUGCUGGUCUAAGAUAGUACAAAGUCUGAGAGGUAAACCCUGUAGGAAGUCUGAAAGUAAUGGUGUGGGAGGCGGAACAGGGGGAGCAGGAGGACCAGGAGAGGUGCCGAACAACUGGGCUGGACAAGAGCGACCUGGAGCUGAUAUCAGCAAGAGUCUCAUUAGGAACCAGAGCCAUGAGCAGAAUAUGCCCCAGCCGCGCCUGGUCAAAGACAGUAACUAUGGACGUAACCACGGGGGCCACCCUGAGGACCGAGGCAUAUCAGAGGAUUCCACUAGCUCCCUGCUGAGACUGCAGACUUUGGGUCAACCUCCACAUCGCUCAGUUAGUGGCAGCCUGGAUCAGGAUAGAGAUACAUCUCUGUCUUUCUAUGAAUUUGACCUGCGGCCACCCUCCCCCAUUGACCUGACUCGCAGCAUUGAUGAGGCUCUGCACAGAGAACAUUUGGUCACAGGAGGGAGUCUGUUUCAUCCUGUAAUCCAGACUCCUUCUCCGGGCUCUGGGAUCAGCCAGGAGCAUUGGCUUCGCAGGAACAGUGAUCCUCAGCUGCUUUCUGAGAGCAGCGAAGCCCCAACAGAGUCCUCCAUGCCUCUAGGGGGUAGCGUUCUCAGCAGCGUACCCAGCAGGCAGGUGACUGCUCCACCUACACCAUCCCACCAGGGUCACCGGAAUGCUAUGGUCAGUGUUCCCUCAUCAGUGUCUUGCCCAGUCUCACUUCGCCCCUCCAGAACAUCUACAGGAAAUUUGGGUGAGGAUGGCGUGGAUGACACUCGGCCAUUUAUCACCCCAGAUUCUGAAAGGGCGCGAACAAGAGCUGGAAGACCUGUUGGUUCACGCAGUUACCUGGAAGUAAGUCGACAUGAUGAUUCUGCCAGUGCCAGCAGUGAAAUUAUAGACCUUUGAACCACACAAUGGACAUAAAGACCAGUGACUGCACUUCAGAUAUUCACACAUUUGUUUCAGAUUAAUGCAGGGGAGAUCUGAUCAGACGCCCUCAAGUUGGCUUAGAAAUAGGAACCAGUUUAAUAGAAACUUUGGGUGAUUGGUAUUAAGCUCACCAUCUUUAUCUUCAAAGUCCUUUUGUUUCAAGGCUUUACCAGGUGAAUGCAUUUUACUGUUACUGGGAGAUACAUUUUUAACACACCACUCACAUAGCUUUUUCCAUUUUUUUCACUCACAUAAUUUUAUUCUACACUGUGUUUCCACUGCAAGAACAUUUUCCAGGAACCAGGACAGUUUUUUUUUUUUUUACCCCAUUAUUUCCACUGCAAGAGCCAGAACAUUAUCAGCAGCGUACAAAAGUAGAAAGAAAUCUUCUUGUAAAAAAAAAUAACUAAAUAAUAUCUCAUUGUUUAGUAGUGCUUAUAUUGAAAUACAAUAAUAGAAUCAACCAAUCUUAAUGGAAAGAUAAAUUAGAUGACUUAUACUAAAAGCUGACUGCAUUUGUUCAUCUGUAAAGACAAAGCUGGUUGGAGACAAACACUUGAAUCUUUGUGUGUUUUACAAAUUAAUUUUAGGUUUCAUAGAAAUGAGGCAUGAUAUUGCUGUUAUAACAAUGUGUUAUUCCAACUCUUUCAAUUACUUAAUUGUAAAAAAUAUGGAUUACAGUCUUUAAUAUUGAAUUCUUUUUCUUUUGUUAGUGUAGCCACUGUGAGAUAACUACAUAGAACACCGGCCUAUAUCCUGGUGUUCUAGCUGACUCUGAAGCUGGAACUCAGAGCAGAAAAUAAUAACCAGGUUCAGAGCUUUCUGAUCGCAAGUUGGACAACAAAAGUUAAGUAUUUGUUUUGGUGUCAUCUACCACUAGCAAAGCAAGCUGAUAAUAUAUUUAUAUUUUAACACAAUACUAACAUUUUAAAAAGUAGAUAAAAUGAAGCACUUUUUGUUCCGCUGGUUUAACAAGAAACAUACAUCCAGAAGUGCUCAGUUCAAAGUUUGUACCAGUAACUUUCUCUACAAUGUGGAUGCACAUAGAAGGUUUGUUCUUUGCCUUUAUGACUUGCAGUGUUAGAAUUCUGACUUUAGGAGACAUUCUUGUUAUUCUGUCUCACCUUGAAAUCUUGUGGUCGGAUCCAAAUAUGGGUAAAAUUUGAGUAGGCAAAACCUGUUUAGUUUGACACCGUUGCACUUUCUGACAAAGUUUAGAGCAGCUUUCAUGAGUUAUAAUUUGUAGUGGCUGUGACUAAAUGUAUUGCAGAACAUUCCAGCUUUUUUUUGUGACCUAAGCCUCUCUCCCAAAUACUGGAUGAAAAAGAUUUCAGUCAGCGUUUUCCAUUGAUCCUGUCAGCAUCAGAAUAAACAACAUGGUUUCAUACACUGCGGUAGAAACACAUGCAACACACAUGUGGAGUAAAACAGGAGGGUCCGACAAAAUAGGAUCUGGAUUGCAAAGUGAGUUUAACUUUUGUGGGACCAGACAUGUAUUAAACGAGGAAACAUUUUAGCAGCUAUGUGAUGUGUUCAAGAUUAGUGAUGAAUCUUCUCCUUUUAUUGUAUGAAAUUAAUAAAAUGAUUAACUUCCUGUAAUGUGACUAAGUGUUAAAAGUCCCAUUUGUUUCCAUGAAAGAAUUUCUAAGCAUAUCAUUGGUUGUAAAUUUUUUUUAGUGCUUGUUUUUUUUUUUUCCAUGUGCUUUUGUUAUGUAAAGAUGUGCCAAACAUAAUCAUGACUGCUGUUCUCUCUCUAGGGUCUUAGCAUUUGUAUCAUGGUGACUCAGCAGCAGAUUAUGUGUAAGCUCUUAUCUUGCUGUCGCUGUUGUACUUUUGUCUUAUAAGUUAAAGCUGGUUACAUAAAGAUACAGGCACUCAACAACAACCAGAGAAGCCUCCCGUACUGCUGAGUAUAGUAGUUGUUUAAGAUAUCACAUUGAAUUCCCAUGAGUUUGAUGCAUUUUAUUAUCUUAGCCACUGCAGAACAAUGCUUGUGGGAUAACACCCAUUAAUAAUCAAUGCCUUUGAGUGCACUUUUGCAGAAUCUGAAUCAGAUUAUUAAACAGAUCGGUUGUAUUGAAUUAAUUAUAUGCUGCACAGCUUUGCAGGGCUGCAACACACAGGACUGGCUUGGCUUGAACUUCAAAACACUUAAUAGACCUGAGUCAGCGACAAAGCACUUACCUGUUUAGACUGAAGUAUUUUACUAUCUUUUAGGGAUUAAAAUGUUCAAGUCACAAUGUAAAUACUGUCCUUUCUAGUUUCCAUGAAUAAAGUUUUGUUUGAAACAUAGUUGCUACUGUGAAGGACAAUCUUAAGUGGCAUUUCUAAAAGCUCAGGUUGGAGUCGAUCAGAUUUUUGGUUUUUAAAUUUAGUUCAUGGAUAUUGGUAAAAUAAAUUUUAGUCAAAUUUGCCUUAAAAGUAAUACUUUUUCAAGUUUAGACAAACUCUGGAUCGAUAGAAAGUAUUUAUGUUUCACGAGUGUCAAUUCUGAGCCUGGUUUUAGGAAUUCAUUUAUAAAGAACCAAUUCCCAUCAAAGGUCAUAAAAAGGAUUUCCAAUUUCUAUCAAAGUAUAUUAAAUCAAGUUUCUUUCAGUUUAUAAUCAGAUUGGUGCAAAUUACCAUAUGUAAACAAGUUUUAAAUUUAGCUUCAGAUGCAAUUCCUUACAGACCAAUUCAAUCUGGAUUACUAUAAAAUGCAGCCAAGUGUAAUUGAUUACAUAAUAGCAGCUAAUAAAGUCACUUAUGGAAAAUGUUGUCACUAGUUUUGUCAUUUAUACAAGUGAAGUGUACUAAAAAACAUUUUAUACAGUCUACCUGAAAAUGUGUGGUACUUUUAAUGCACCCCUGUUCUGUGAUCAGGUUGCAACGGUCUGGUCACAUUUGGAGUACAAAUAACACCAGACUUAAAAAUUAAAAGUUUAAUUUUGGCUCACAAUUGAACAUUUAUAGAUUUAAUGUUCUUAACUUUCUGAACAAAAUGAAAUCUUUUGUAGACAUAAAUUAUUUUCUCCAGCAUUCUCCAGUUAAAUGUCUUGAACGAAACUUACAGGGUAAAGAAGUUUGAUUUAUACUUUCAAGCUAUGUGAACUUGAACUAACAAGACUCCAACCUGAGCCCAAAUAUUGCUCAUGAGCUGUGCAGAUGAUUUUACCUGUUGAGAUGAACAGGAAGUUGUGAAGUCAUACUUAAUAUAGAAAAGACUGUUAUAUUAUUGCAAGUUUUAUAAAGUGUCUAGAUCGUCUAAAUUUGUUGGAUGUAGAUUUUUGCUUUGUUUCUGUCCAUACAAGAUAUGUUUAUUGAGCCAUGUGUAGUCCGUUUAUUCUUUUGAAUCAGCUUUUGCUCUCAUUGCAUUUUGAGUAUGUAUUGUUAGACAAAUAAGAAUUUAGAGAUAUUGUCAUUAAGUCUAGUUACUGAUGCCUUUUUCCACUUUGCAGAUGGUCCAUCACUCGUUUUCUGAUUACUUUUGUCUGACCUGCAGUACCUCCUACUGAUUGAUGUAAGAUGCUUGUUGAGUUUUUUUUUGUUUUUUUUUUUUUACAGUGCGGUGCGUCUUUUUUUGUUGCUGUCGACAUUCCAAUGAGCCGAUAUUAUUUCACUGUACGAGGACUUGUCUAAAUGGCCACUGUGGUUCCUCCAGCUCCCUCAGGGUUGUCCCGUGAAGCAGUAUGUGCCAUAGAAAAUACAUAUAAUAUUCCCUGUGCAGUCUGUUUACUUUGCUCAUUGAAAUCCUUGUUCAUGUAUUUCCUGCUGCUUUUCACAUAUGAACUGAAAUAAAGAUCUAAAUUCCUUAA